CACCCUGCACCCGCUCUGCAGGAAGCGUUGCUCUUGCUGAAGGACUGCACGUGCGGCGCCCGCCUCUUCCCCAGGACCUGGGGCCUGAGGCAGCUGCAGGUGUGGGAGCGCCCUGUGGCCUUGGCGGCUGAGCUGGCCGUGACGCUGCGGGUCCUGGUGACCGUGGCUGACCUGGCCUUGGGGGACAUCCUGGACCAGCCCCUUUGCACACUGCGCCACAUCCACUCCUGGAUCCAGGCCUGUGUCCCUGCUCAGCCCACAGCAGGCCCCAGGCCCCAAGGUCGCCUCCACCACUGGCUACACCGGCUCCAGGAGGCCCCAAACAAGGAGUCCCCUGGCUGCCUGGAGGCCUCUGUCACCUUCAACCUCUUCCGCCUCCUCACACGGGACCUGAAAUGUGUCGCCAGUGGAGACCUGUGUGUCUGACCCCUC